AUGGUUUAUUUAGAGCUGCCAAAAGUGGAAAAGAAUCUAACCAAUGAACAACUUCAAUAUUUACGUCAAUAUUAUAUAAUGAACAACAUCCCCGAAAUGAUUGAAAUUGAAAGAAUAGCCAAACAAUGGAAUAUUAAUGAUUUUGAUUUUCAUAUGAAUCUGUCGGAUUGGUUUUUUUGUCAACACGUAACUGAACAAGAACUUGAACAACGUCGACCUGAAGCAACAAGAGCUCCAGCUUAG